UCAAAAUUUUAAUAUUAUCAUUUAAUAAGUUAAAUUAAUGUCUAGCUGGUAAUUCAACAGAUAAUUAGAUUUUUGUUAUCACAGUAUGGGUCCAAUACCUGACAACAAGGACGCGAUAGCCCUAGAAAGUCUUUUAAAUAAACGUGUGCAGGUUGAGAAUCAAUUAGCAACCGUUCGAUAUGUUGGUGCAGUUCCGCCAACAAAGGGGGAAUGGAUUGGAUUAGAGUGGGACAAUAUAUCAAGAGGGAAACAUGAUGGUUUCCACGAGGGUGUUCGUUAUUUUACUUGUAGUGUGCCUAAUAGUGGUUCCUUUAUUCGUUACUCUUCAAAGAUAAAUACUGGUCGAAGUUUUGUUGCUGCUGUUAUCGAAAGAUAUAUUGAUGUAGAAGAAAAUGCGACAAAGUAUCAAAGAAAUGAUGAAACAUCCGACGAACAAAAGGAUUUGGACGUGCUUCAUUGGGCAGGUACAAGUUUAGAAGUCGAAGCAUUAGGAUGGGAUAAAAUUCGGCAAAAACAAAAACAAUUGGAUAGAUUAACCGAGGUUGGACUUUCCUUUGAGCAAGUAUCAUCAGCUGGGAAACCGGGCGAAAUCAAAAAAACAUGUCCAAAUAUUAUAGACUUGAAUUUGUCAAAGAAUUUAUUAUCAGAUUGGGAAACAGUUGCUAACAUUUGUGGGCAACUCGAGAAAUUGGAAGUUUUACGUUUGAAUUAUAAUCGAUUUCAAGUUUUGGAAAUUUCGCCUAGCUUCCCAAAUGCGUUUGCAAACCUAAAAAGUCUUUCACUUAAUUAUACCAAAGUUUCUUGGAAGCAGAUAGAAUUACUUGAACCAAAUUUUCCAAGUUUAGAAAAUUUGCAGUUAGGAUUCAAUAAUAUUAAGCUUUCCGAGGAUAUUGAUGAGAACGAUAAAGAAACCCUCAAAAAUGCUAGUAAAAUCAAGGGUUUUACAAAAUUAAAAAUUAUCAAUCUCGAGUCCAAUUUAAUAUCUAGUUUUGAUGAAAUUGCAAGAUUUUCAGAGUUGCCAAGUUUAGAAAUUCUUUUUGUUAACAAUAAUGCAAUUGAUCGGAUAUAUUAUCCAAGUGAAAAUGGUGAUGCUUUUUCAAAAUUACGAUAUUUGAAUAUUAGUGAGAAUAAGAUUGAUGACUGGAAAAGUGUUGAUGAACUUAACAAAUUUCCUUCUCUGCAUGAAUUGAGAAUCAAGAAGAAUCCCUUUAUUAAAGAUACAAAUAAAGAAAAAAUGGAAGAGGCCCAUAUAUCAAUAAUUGGUCGAAUCAAAGGAUUAACAACAUUGAAUGGCAGUAUUAUUUCUUUAGGAGACAGAAUAAAUGCAGAAAGAUUUUAUCUCGGAUUAUGUGUAAAAGAUAUGAAACCACUUGAAGAGGUAGAGAAAAAUCAUCCAAGAUUCAAAGAAUUAUGUGAAAUACAUGGUACGCCAGUAGCUGACGAAUUUAGCCAGAAAGCCUCAAGUAGUGUUCUCAAGGAUAGAUUAUUAGAAAUAACCAUAAGUCAUAGAAAUAGAUUAGAAGAAGAACCAAUAAAAAAAUUAUCAAAAAAACUAUUGGGAACAAUGGAAAUCCGAAAUUUAAGGAAUUUACUUCAAAAAUUAUUUAAAGUCCCAUCAUCUCAACAAAAGUUAUAUGUUAUAAUUAAUUUUCAAAACGAACAAUCUAAAUUAGAGUUGGAUGAUGAUUUGAGGCAGCUAUCGUAUUAUGAUAUUUCGUCAGGCGAUGAAAUUAUUGUUUUAUCAAACUGAAGUUGAACUUUAUUAUAUUUAUUAUUUUGAUUAAUUUUGUUUUUUUUUGUGUGAAUUAACAAUUAGAAAUAUUUAUUUAUCAUAAAGAAAUAAAUUAUUCUGUAUGUACUUUAUAGUAAAUUAAUUGAAUAUAAAGAUAUUGGGUUUA